AUGAAAUCGCGUUCUAUGUCAUUAAGAGGCGCUCUGACGCAGGAGGAGUUGAAGCUGGCUGAGAACACGAUCUACCAAUGUGUUCAGCAGCAGGCUUACCCGGACGAAGUUCGAUUGAUUCGCAGCCGAGUAAAAGAAGAUUCGCUUUGGGAACGUACUCUACCGAAAUCCAGUGCGCUGUACAAACUGAAUCCAGUCAUCGAUAAGCACGGUGUUCUACGAAUGCGAGGACGUAUCGGUGCCUGUGCAUGGGCAGAUGAGGCUACGAAAGAUCCCGUUAUACUCCCGAGGCAACAUCAUGCUACCAACCUGUUGAUUGCUGAUUACCAUGCUGCGUAUCAUCAUCAGAACCACCAAACAGCGCUCAACGAAAUCCGCCUCAAGUACAACAUUCCUCGUCUCCGCUCCGAGUUUGACCGAGUCCGAAGAAACUGCCAACGGUGCAAAAUCCGACAAGCGAACCCGAAACCUCCCGCGAUAGGGAACCUUCCGCCCGCCCGGUUGGCAGCGUAUCAGCGCCCAUUCUCGUACACCGGAAUCGAUUACUUUGGCCCAAUGUCUGUGUUAGUUGGCAGACGUACCGAAAAGCGAUGGGGAGUCCUGCUCACCUGUAUGACUACCAGAGGUGUGCACAUCGAGAUCGCGCAUUCGCUGAACACAGACUCGUGCAUCUUGGCGCUGCGUAAUUUCAUCGCGAGGAGAGGCUCGCCCUUGGAGAUCCUGAGCGACCGGGGUACCAACUUCAUCGGAGCCUCUAGGGAGUUAUGCGAGGCAUUGAAGCAGAUCGACGAAGAACGUCUGAAGGUGGAGUUCGUCAGCCCGACCACCAAAUGGACGUUCAACCCUCCAGCCGCUCCACAUUUUGGUGGCUGCUGGGAGCGCCUGAUACAGUCGGUGAAGAGAACUAUGAACGACUUCGACCCCCCGCGUUUACCCUCGGACGAGAUUCUUCGUUCCAUGUUGAUGGAGAUCGAGAUGAUCCUGAACUCUCGACCGCUAACCGACAUACCGAUCGACAACGACAGUGAACCACCCCUCACACCCAAUCACUUUUUGUUAGGGUCAUCUAACGGCAGUAAGCCCCCGAUCAUUUUCGACGACAGACCGAUUGUGCUGAAGCGUUCCUGGAAGAUGGCACAACAGUACGCAGACACGUUCUGGAAGAGGUGGGUGAACGAGUAUCUGCCCACGUUGACACGCAGGACCAAAUGGUUUCAGCCCGUGAAACCCAUCCAAGAAGGUGACCUAGUGAUCAUCAUCGACGGAAAUCUCCCUAGGAACUACUGGCCAAGAGGACGAGUGGUCAAAGCGAUCGCAGCCCAAGACGGGCAGGUUCGUCGCGUGACAGUGCAGACAUCGAAGGGGCUCUUGGAAAGACCGGCGACCAAGGUUGCUGUAUUAGACGUCGGUGCAACAGGAGGUAAGCCACAGGACGACAGUGGCGUACCGAGGGGGAGUGUCACGACGGUGCAGAGUGACGCACCUCCCCAAUAACAACAACCUUCUCACUUACCAUCGAUACUUGCUGUCAACUGACAGCGAAAAGUAACACCAGGUUUUUAUGGAUCACCUUGGUCCGUUCGAAAAGCGCGAAAACGACAAAAACAAACAACAUCACGUUUCGUGUAGGGAAAGUUAAUCGAAUAGCUAGUGAGAGUAGAAGUGAAGGUAAAAUUAAAACUAUUUAGCGCAAAAGUGGAACAUUUAACAUUCAAUUACUUAAUCUAGAUUAGACUAACACGAUUAGUACGGUCGAUUGAAAACAUUGCACGAACAAAUUAAAAAGUGACUGUUAAUUUAGCAGUCAUAAACAGUACGGAUCGUUGCUACUUGCGAGGACAGGCACAGGUACAGUUGAAGGACACUAAACGUAAGUGGAAAACAUUACUAUAAACAUAAAAACGAAUGUUUAAGAUACCCGAACACGAAUGUACACACAAGUUAAAAAUCACUUAGCCUAAUUGGGGUUUCAUUUGUCUUCCUCAAAGGGAUUUAAUAACACAUCUACCAGAUAAUAAAGAUUGUUAUCGAACCGGAAUUUUACUUCUUCUGUCUGUCGUUCGCUUGCGCAACAGUUUGAAUCAUGUUUAAUCUAUCUCAUAGCUAUAAUUGAAUAUAUUAUCUGUUGAAAUUGUUCUAAUAUUAACUGAGGUAUUUCAACUCUUACAAAUAUUAAACUUAAUUAGGUCCACAUUUAUUUUCCGAUUUGUUGUCGUUUUUUCACAACCCCUACUUUAGAAGGGGUUUAUGUUUCGUCUCGUAUACCUAACCAAGUUUUUAUUUUCUCGAAAAUCAACCCUGUAUGGUUGUAACUUUUAGACAAAACUUGCAAUAAUGUUUCAUGAAGCAUCACAAAUAUUGAAUUAAUAAAAAUUGGAGAAUUUCCAGUUUUUUUCAUGUUUUAAAGCUUCUUUAAGCUGUAGCUUUUGAAAACUGCCUAUCUAUCAAACAGUUGCCAUUAAUGUAGAUUGUAAGAUUAACGUUGUUUGAAGCAUAGUGCUUGAAAAGUAAGUUAAAACAAUGAUUGGCUUGGUUUUAUGCCGAUUGAAGUGAACUUCGUCUAAAGGCGGGUUUGGACUUUAGCGAGUUGAAUGAAUAAAAUAAUGCCAAAAUCUCAAAAAAUUAUUUAUUAUAAGCGGUUGAAAUAGUGUGCGUUAUUUUUUUUCAUAUAAUGUACAACGUACAACGUUUUAUUACGUUCAUGAACAUUUAACAGCCGGUUUAAUACUCAGGUUAUGUUGGGUGGUCCAAAAUAAGUCCUUGAGGAAUUAAGUAGGACCUAUUUUCGACAUGGGUCAAAUUACUACGAAAACAAGUUUUUUUGGUCCUUCGAGCUUGCAAACUUGUUUUCAAGUGUUUAAUCAUAACUGUGAACAUGAUUGAUGUUGUUAAAUUCAUCACAGAUAGGCAGAAAACUUCUUGGAAGUUGACUUUAAUAAUGGCACGUCCUCCUGAAAUGGACUUGAUUUGGAACAACAGCGAAAAAUCAAAACUUUAUUUUCAAUUUUCUAUCCCUUAUCAGCAUAUUUAAAUGGAAUCUUAGAUAUGAUUGGAAUCAUUAGAAGUAGCUUCAACUAUAUUUGUUCAAAAGUUUCAUGUUUAACAUGAUUUAUGAGAGGAAAAUUGGAAAAAAGCUGCAAGGUGGUCCAAAAUAUGUACCUGGUCCAAAAUAAGUCCGUUACCCUAAUCAUUCCGAUUUAUUCAUAUUGCGACGUAGUGUACUAUCCCGGUCUGUCACCUCAGCAAAAGAAUCAACUACUU